GCGUGAAAUCCGUCGGUCCGCAACGUCGCCGGCGGAGGGCGCUGUGCCGCCGCCGACUCUGCCUUACAGUCCAGACAGAGGGCAUAAGUUGCCCGGAGCCACUUUCCCGUGUAUGAAAACAAGAUGGCAGCUGUUGUUGAGAAUGUUGUCAAACUGCUCGGGGAGCAGUAUUACAGAGAUGCUAUGGAGCAAUGUCACAACUAUAACGCCAGGCUCUGUGCUGAGAGGAGUGUCCGGAUGCCCUUCCUCGACUCUCAGACUGGGGUGGCUCAGAGCAACUGCUACAUUUGGAUGGAGAAGAGGCACAGAGGACCAGGCAUGGCCCCAGGACAGCUUUACACCUACCCGUCCAGGAGGUGGAGAAAAAAAAGGCGCUCUCACCCUCCAGAGGACCCCCGGCUCAUUUUCCCUCCCGUUAAGUCAGAACUAGAUUUAGGGUUGAAGAAGGAUGCGCUGCUUUCGUCGGACGGCAGCAGCCUGGAAGCCCUGCUAAAGGGGGAAACGUUGGAUAAAAGGACGACUACAGAAAUCAGAGGCUCUGAGGACGAUUCAAACAUGAGCGACUACAUCGGGGGCUUGAACCCUGCGGCUCGCAAUAGAAAGAGAAUCAUUGAACCGGACGACUUCCUGGAUGACCUGGAUGAUGAAGACUAUGAAGAAGAUACUCCUAAAAGAAGAGGCAAAGGGAAAGGAAAGGGUCGAGGAGUGGGCAGCAACAGGAAGAAACUGGAUACUGCAGCACUGGAGGAUAGAGACAAGCCGUACGCCUGUGACAACACUAUCAAACAAAAGCAUAUUUCAAAAUCUUCUGAAAGAGUCUGUGGGAAGCGCUACAAGAAUCGCCCUGGCCUGAGCUACCACUACGCCCACUCCCACCUGGCUGAGGAGGAGGGUGAGGAGAAGGAGGAGAUGGAGAUCAACGAGCCUCCCCUGCAGCUUCCAGAGGAGCCGAAGACUCCCAAGAAAGGCCCAGAUGGUCUUGCGUUGCCUAAUAAUUACUGUGAUUUCUGCCUGGGAGACUCCAAAACCAAUCACAAGACCGGCCAGUCAGAAGAGCUGGUGUCCUGCUCUGACUGUGGACGCUCAGGCCACCCUUCCUGCCUGCAGUUCACGCCUGUGAUGAUGGCUGCUGUGAAGACGUACCGCUGGCAGUGCAUAGAAUGCAAAUGCUGCAACAUGUGCGGCACCUCGGAGAAUGACGAUCAACUUCUGUUCUGUGACGACUGUGACAGAGGCUAUCACAUGUACUGCCUCAACCCACCUAUGUCUGAACCUCCGGAGGGGAGCUGGAGCUGUCAUCUAUGUCUGGAACUUUUGAAAGACAAGGCGUCCAUAUACCAGAACCAGAACGCCCCGCCAUCGUGAUGGCCGCUCCCCUGCUGCUCGCCUGCACACUCAUCACUCAGCCGUCCCACAGCCGCAUGGUUUCCCCUCCUCCUCAGAGGGAGCACGCUCAGCACAGACAGAUUGUGAAAAGGGAAGUAUACCUUUACCUGACUGCCCUCAUUUGACUCCAUAUAUGACUGUUACGCGGCAUCAAGCUCAGAUUUUGCCCUAUAUGUUUUCACUUCUUUGCCAUUUAGCCAAAUUGGGCAGUGAUGAAUUUCACCACACGUACAGUACAUAGCAUAGAGAAGCCAAAACGACUUCCUGUUUACCAUGAGCCUACACAAUGUUGCUAAAUCCUUGUUGCUAUCCUGCAAUGUGUUGAUUUUGUGACUAUAACAGAAUAGAUCUCAGUUAAGUAGCAUGUCAAUGCUUCCUCGUCAUAGACAUUUUAUAAUAUUUAUAUAUUUCUAUGGUAUAUUAUAGUGUAAUGUAUGUACACAUUGGACAAAGAAUGGCAACCUCUUGGUCUCUUCAUAGUGCCUAUCGAAUAAUUAUGGUGAAAUCCACCAGUUUUUUAAUGGCACUGUGGAUAUUUAGUGAUUGAAUUGAUGGUCGAAGGGAUCUGCUGACAUCACCAGACAUCAAGUCAUCAUUUUUCAUCACAUCAAGAAACAAUGGCUUGAACUCCUGACGUGCUUGCACAACAGGCUCUAAAGGCUAACGAAAUCUGGUCUUGAGUUUGGUUGUCAACUCGUUUUUCCAGUGGCUCACUGAGCCGGCCAGAGAUUAUGCACGAGGAUGUGCUUGUGCUUGUCCCGUUCGGUCUUUGGAGCCUGUUUAACACGACAGCAGGAAAGAAAAGUAGACUCGACGCUGGCACCCCCAACUGAAAAACUUAUUCUGCACACCUGGCUCUUCUUGACAGGUUUCCUAAUCCCACUUAAAUAAAAAACCUAGUUGCAUUAUCAGCCAGGUAAAGGGAUAAAUUGCUGUGUUGUAGCAGUUUGCUGAUUAUGCACUAUUUCUUCUAUUUGUUGAUGCUGUGGCACCACUAGAAUAUUUAAAUGGAAAUGAGAACUAUGCGACCGUGUAGAUGGUCACCUGCUGACAAAGUAAGAGCAAUAUUAGAUCUCCUGUUGGAGUCUGGGAGGACAGGGACGCAUAGCGGAGUUAGUUCAGCUCAGAUAAUGUACGAUAAUGUAAGGUGUCUUCCCCAGAAUAUGUUAUUACAGAUAGGAGCGUGGAAGGCUCCAUAUUGUAGAGAGAGAGAUAAGGUGUAUAUGUGCAGUCCUGUGGAGAGGCGGCUGUUUCUGUCGCUGCUUCAUGCACUUCAUAGUUUUAUUAUGCAAUGAUUUCCUUCUGUGGCAAAGCUCAAAGAACGUCUGGCUCGGCUCCUAAAGCAGGUACUUUACCUCAAACAGAAACAGUAUUUAAAGGUCGAAACGUGCUGUAGAUAGACGAGAAGGACCGAGGGACAAAUAGUAACACAGCUGCAGUGUCUGCUUUAAUAACUGCAUAUUCUACAGUUAAACAAGUGCAUGCUCAGUAAUUGUCAGCACUCUCAUAUGCUACAUAGUUGUAUCAGAGUUAGAUUGGUGAAGGUGUUGGGAAGUGGUGUAAUAUAAAUUAACCCUGAUAUCAUGUUUCAAUAGCCAACUAACAAUAACUAAAGCAUUAGACAAAUAUACCUUGGUUUUUUUUCUCAUCACGUUUUAACUGUUAUUUAGAGACAGUGGCUAACAGACUAUUUUGCUUUCUUCACCAAUGACGUUUGCGUACGCUGACGUGUGGAACAUUUUGGGAGCUAAGUGGAACUUACUUUCUAGUAAAUCCUAUGAUCCAGGUCUGGACUGAGCCACUCUCUUCCAAAGCUUGAAACAAGAUGCAAAACCCCAUAAUGUGAUUAAGAAGCACAUUCUAGAGCUGCACCUUCAGCACUCGAGUGUCAACACCAAGACCAAGUAUGCAACAUCUGAGGCUGCAGACAGCCCCGUUUUACUUCAGAUGAUGGUUUCUUGUCUCCAGCUUUGGGAGAUAAUUGUCCAUUAUAUCAAAAUGUUUAGACCACGAUCAUUGGUUUACCCAGUCAGCAAAUUCUCUUAGGGUGGACUUAUUUGGUUUGCGAUGAAAUGUUUUAUUGUAUGAAGAUUGUCUGCAGGAAAAUAAAAUACUAGGCACUAUGA